AUGGUGGAAAUAGAAAACCGAGCAAUCAAGACAAACCAAGAUCUCCUUCCUGAAACACCAUGGACGCAGUUAUUCUAUAAUGACUUUUGGGGCACUCUUCUGACCCACAGCGGAAGCCAUAAAUCCUACAGACCUCUCUGCACGCUCUCUUUUCGCAUUAACUAUGCUAUUGGAGGAAUGGAUCCUUGGAGUUACCAUCUUGUAAAUGUCCUUCUACAUGCAGCAGUCACGGGUCUUUUCACUAAUUUUUCUCGAGUGCUAUUUGGUGAUGGACACUGGACCUUAUUAGCUGGUUUGCUGUUUGCUUCUCAUCCCAUUCACACUGAAGCAGUGGCAGGAAUUGUAGGAAGAGCUGAUAUUGGAGCUUGCCUUUUCUUUCUGCUCUCCCUAGUCUGUUAUAUUAAACACUGCUGUACAAGAAACUACUCAGAAGGAACCUGGGGCUGGAUCUUGGGUGCCGGUCUGUGUGCCACUUGCAGCAUGUUAUGGAAGGAACAAGGAGUGACCGUGCUGGCCGUGUCAGCAGUUUAUGAUGUGUUUGUAUUUCAUAGGCUAAAAAUGCACCAAAUUGUUCCUGCUAUAUAUAAGAGGAAGAAUUUGCCUCUUCUUUUGAGCAUUGGUUUAUUGAUCUUCUGGGGAGCUUUAUUGCUGGGUCUUCGCUUCUACUGGAUGGGGAACAAACCUCCCAGCUUUUCCAACUCUGACAACCCAGCAGCUGACUCAGAUAAUUUUUUAACACGAGUUCUGACCUUUUUUUAUUUGCCAACCAAAAACCUUUGGCUACUGUUGUGCCCAGACACUCUUAGCUUUGAUUGGUCCAUGGAUGCUGUGCCUCUUCUCAAAACAAUCAAUGACUGGAGGAACCUACACACAGUGGCCUUUUAUGCUGGAUUCCUCCUCCUUACUUAUACCAGUUUGAGAAAUUCCAGCAUAGGACGAGAAGGCAAUGGGAAAAGUAUAGCAAAUGGCAGACUUAAUGGCAAUGGUCACAACUACCUAUCUGAACUGGAAUAUAGAGAAUAUAAAGAGUUGACGUCCAGUUUUGCAUCUAAAGAAGAAAAUGGCAUUAACAAAGGCUUACCACAAAAACCACACAUUCCCUCAACGGAGAAUAUUGUGGUUUUGUCACUGUCUUUAUUAAUUGUUCCUUUUAUUCCUGCCACAAACUUGUUUUUUUAUGUAGGCUUUGUGAUAGCAGAGCGUGUGUUGUAUAUACCUAGUAUGGGCUUCUGCCUCUUGAUCACUGUGGGCACAAGAGCCCUUUAUGUCAAAGUCCAAAAGCGCUUUCUGAAGAACUUGAUUUUUUUGGCUACUGCUACAUUAAUUUUUUUUUACGGACUGAAGACAUUUGUCAGGAAUGGGGAUUGGCAGAAUGAAGAGAUGCUGUAUAAAUCAGGGAUUAAAGUAAAUCCAGCAAAAGCAUGGGGUAACCUUGGAAAUGUUUUGAAGAGCCAGAGUAAGAUUUCUGAAGCUGAAAGCGCCUAUAGAAAUGCCUUGUAUUAUCGCAGCAACAUGGCUGAUAUGCUUUAUAAUUUGGGAUUAUUAUUGCAGGAGAACAACAGGUUUUCAGAAGCACUGCAUUAUUAUAAAUUGGCUAUUGGAAGCAGACCUACUUUAGCCUCUGCUUAUUUAAAUACUGGUAUCAUCUUAAUGAAUCAAGGCAAGGCUGAGGAAGCCAAGAAGACAUUUUUGAAGUGUUCAGAGAUUCCUGAUGAAAACUUAAAAGAUCCUCAUGCUCAUAAGAGUUCUGUUACCAGUUGCCUUUAUAACUUGGGGAAACUUUACCAUGAACAGGGACAGUAUGAGGAUGCCCUUUUAGUUUACAAAGAGGCAAUACAGAAAAUGCCAAGACAGUUUGCACCACAGAGUUUGUAUAAUAUGAUAGGAGAAGCCUACAUGAGACUUAGCAGAUUCUCUGAAGCAGAAUAUUGGUAUGUGGAAUCACUGCACUCUAAAACUGAUCACAUUCCAGCUCAUCUCACAUAUGGGAAACUUCUUGCUUUAACGGGUCGCAAGAGAGAGGCAGAAAAAUAUUUCUUAAAAGCAAUUCAGUUGGAUCCUAUGAAAGGAAACUGUUAUAUGCAUUAUGGCCAGUUUCUGUUAGAAGAAUCUCGGUUGAUGGAAGCAGCAGAGAUGGCCAAGAAAGCAGCUGAGUUGGAUAAUACAGAGUUUGAUGUUGUGUUCAAUGCGGCUCAUAUGCUUAGACAAGCUAGUCUCAAUGAAGCAGCUGAAAAAUAUUACAAAAUGGCAGCUGAGCUAAGACCUAAUUACCCAGCUGCCUUAAUGAAUUUGGGAGCGAUUCUUCAUCUUAAUGGCAAACUUUUGGAAGCUGAAUCAAACUAUCUUCAUGCCCUUCGGUUUAAACCAGACGAUGUCAUCACACAAUCAAAUCUUCGCAAACUCUGGAAUAUUAUGGAAAAACAAGGCUUAAGAACAACCAAAACAUAAUGCAGGGUUUUUAAAAAAUGUUGUUGUUGCUGUUUGCAAAGAGUUUAGAAAACAAUUAAAAUCCAGACUAACUUUUGGAGUACUGUUUGUUGAGUGCUCUUGCUAACUAAGCUGUAAUUGUCAAAGGUAAUUGCUGCUAGGAGAACCUACAGGGCUGCAUUUUGAGGUUUCUAAUUGAAAAUGAGAAAGGAGCAGAAUCUUUUUGAUAAGUUUCAUGAAGGACUUAAUAAUUAUUGCCCAAACCCAGAAAAUUAAAAAAGAAAACCUGAAACUGGAGCACCUGAAAGGGACCCACUUUAGCAUAUUCACUAGGGCAUAUUAGUCAUUCUCACUUUGGUCAUUUUUAUGUGGUUUCUGAUAGAAAAGUCAUGUUGGCCUAUAG